AUGCGCAUUAAUCGAAAUUCUACUUUCACUUUUAACUGAAAAUGACGAGCGAAGAAUCGACUGCUCAUGAAAACUUUGUUGAAAAUGGAAAGAAUAAGACAAAAUUAUUUUGUGAAAGAUGCAGCUCUACUGUUUUGUUACCAAAGAAGGCUGUUUAUUGUGAAGUAGAGUUUUUUAUGCCUCAUAUGAAGAAAAAGGCUGAUGGAACUUCAGAAACAGGCGAGACAUUGAAGAAAUAUUGGAAAGUGGAUGAUAUGUUUGAGUUUGAAAAUCUGGGAUUUACAAACACAGUCGAAACAAUAAAAUACCUCAUCUGUGCAGACUGUGAAAUCGGACCUAUUGGAUGGCAUGAUAUAAAUGACAAAAAAGCAUUUUAUAUUGCCCUUGACCGGGUCAAGCAUGCGGAAUAAGUUUAACCAUUGUCCAGGAAGAUCUUCAUCAAUGUGGGACCAAGUCAUAUAAAUAUAUACAUUUCCCAAAAAUUUUCUUUCAUUGUUUUGUAUUGAUAUGAAGUAUUAGGUCCUUAUAUUUAUUUUUUUUUAACUUAACAAACUCACUUCAAGGUGUAAACUUCAUAAAAAGAACAAACAAUAAUUUCGAUUUCAAACAACAACUCUGUAUUUAUUUCUAAGAAGUUAAAAUGAAUAUAAUACAUGUAAUCUUUAUAAGCAAAAACAUUAAAAACUCCAUAAAAAAUAAAUAAAAUAAAUUAUUAAAUGGUGUUAAAAAAGAGAUUUUAAAAUGGGGUUAAAAGAAAUGUAUCACAGCAUAAGAUGGAUGAAAAUUGCACUUGAAAGUCUGAGAUAUUUAUAGAUAACAUGUACAAUUUAGUAAAUGUUUCAAACACAUAAUAACAUUGGGUAAAAAAUAAAAUUUACAGAGUACUAGUACCAUAACAAUAAAAACGUCCACAAGCACUUCUUGUAUUAUCUAACACACAUUUAUAUGCUGAAAGUUCCAUGGUUGUUAUGUGUUGUUGAAUAAAUGCUGCCUUCUAAUACCGGUAUAUUUUGGUCAGAUAAUGGAUCCUUGUUUAAGUAUCGUCUUUUUUAAUUUCUGGUAAUACUGCGUCUUUUGGUUUGUCCAUGUCUAUUCUAACACCUGGAAUAUGAAUCAAAUAAUUUGAAGGAAAAUUGUAUUUUAUAAAGCUGUAUGAGUAUAUACAUUGUAUUUUAAUUUUUUUUGUUUUUUGGUUCAUGGUACUAAUUAUGAAAGUUUGAUAAUUUAUAUAUUAGUAAACAAGUUGCAAAUCUUACCUAGGAAAGUGGGGAAUCUAGGAGAUCCAGAGUUUGUGUACUCUUGGAAUUUGUAUGUGAUGAUGGAGCCUAUUUUGGGAGGACGGUUGUGAUCUUUGUCACUCAAUCUGUCAUACAAAAAAGCAAUUUGUAAGGUAUUGUACUCCCAGAACAAAGCUUUUUUUUUUCAUUUUUCAAAAAUUAAAUGUAGACAUGUUCUUACCCAGAUCCUACUGAGAAUAUUUUUCCAUUUGCCAUUUUGCAUCUAAGAGCUCCCACUUUCCCUUGGAAACGACCUUUCCCAGGGUCAUAUCCUAUGACAACAGCCUGAAAAUCAA